UCUCAAUCAGUGCAAAACACAACAUUUGUGUUGGUCAGCAGUGGAUUCAAGAUGAGCAUUGACCUAUUUUUCUGAAUCAAUUAAUAAAAGCCAGAUCGAAAACAGAAGGCGACAACUCAUCUGCCGUCGUAGUUUCAGGAACGGCGCCCCCUUUGCCGGCCCUUCUUUUAGCUGCCUUGAUGCUCACGCUCACUCACUCACCACACACGGCACAGACAGAACCCCCCUGAACAUCCCCUUUUAGAAGAAACCCUGGGCUAAUGCGUGAAGGACAUGGAAGGCAUGGGCCAAAGCCUCCCUCCUAUCAAAGGAUUUGCAGCUGACAUCGAGUCAACUCUAUGUAUGAAAUGCUCCGAGCACAUGGCCGCCAGGCACUUGAUAGUAAAGAUCAUCGCUAGACCCUCCCCCGGAUUCUUCACUGUCUCAAUGUCUCGUGUGAGCUCCAGCUCCUUUUCAGCGUCGACGUUGCACUUGGCACGCGGGGGUUCUGCUACGUCGACUGGCUUGACUUGGCUUGGCCUUACGGGGACUCGGUUGCUGUCAGACGUCUACUUGGCAUCUGGGGGAGAACAGACAAAAGAGACGUGAGGUAUGGGGAACGGUAGAUGGAGGGG